AUUACCCUUUCACUGGUUUCAUACUGUUUUAUCUUUCAGGUUUUGAUGGCCCUUUAUGAGAAACGUGUCCCAUUUAAAAGCCAGAUUGUGUCAUUGCUUGCACAAGAGCAGUAUGAACCAUGGUUUUUAAGGCUCAACCCUCGUGGGGAGGUGCCAGUGCUUACUGAUGGAGUGAAGGUUAUACCAGACUCCAGUCGCAUCAUUGAAUACCUUGAGGACAACUGCCAGUUCAAGCAGCUGACCCCAAAGGAGAAAGGCAGCGAGGAGAGCAAGCUCAUCCAAAGCUUCCGUGAGUCCCUGAAUGCCUUGCCCAUCCCUCUGCUCACUUAUGGAACGGCCCUCAACCCUGAGCUGCUGGACAACCCCAAGCCACCCUUCACUCCAGCUGUGUUCAAGAAGAUGGCAGAGAUUAUGAAGAAGAGGCACGUCAUCCUGAGAGAACAUGCUGAAAGGAUGCCGGAGUUUCGUGAUGCGCUCCUAAAGAAAGCAGAGGAGGCAGAGAAAGGAGUUCUUAAUAUCAAUACCACACGAGAAGAUGUUGAGGAAGCCUUAAAGAAGGUUGAUGCCACGCUGCAGGAAGUAGAGGAUCAACUCUCAUUGCAUUUACCAGAUAAUGUGGACUGUUGGUUGUGUGGAUCAUUAUUCAGCAUUGCUGAUGUAGAUUUAGCUAUUCUUUUAAAUCGCUUGAAUCAGCUGGGAUAUGAACGAAGAUUUUGGUCUGAAGGUAAACGUCCAGCAUUACAGGCAUAUUGGGAACGUAUACAGAAGAGAGAUUCUUUUAAGAAGGCUACAUACUUCUCAAUUAAUGCAGUACACAUGACUAUGCUAAGAGGAGUUUUAAAGCAGAGUAAAACUUUCUUGGCAUCUCUCACAGUUGCUUUGGGUUUUGUAGCGAUAUCUUAUAUUGUGUAUCGCCGUGUGCAACAAUCUUAGUAAGAGGAAGGUUCUUUUGUGCACUUUGAUUCAACAUGUACAAUGUGAAAUAUUUAGGUACUCAGUAUAUAGUUAAUAUAGUUCCAUGUUGUUUCAAAAAUAGCUAAAUUUAAAGUUUCAGAUGGUCUAUUUGUAACAUGUUCCACAAAGUUUUGUCCUGUUAUGUAGGGUUCCUGUCCCAGAAAUGACAAUAGCCAAAGCACCUUUGACAUAUGGGACAGUUCAUUAGGGGUAAUGGUUAUGAAAAACAGUGAACCUACGUUAUUUGUUGAUGUUGUAUAAAUAAUG